GGAUAAGGAUCCGCUCAGAAUGCAUCAGUUUGGCUGCGUUUGGUCUCCGUUCUGCCUUAGAGGAAGACACCUGACGAUGCGGAACCAUCUACAAAGGGAGCCUUGUGCUUCCGCAGCUGGCGUCACGUUUACUUGCUCUAUAAGAGGGACAUGCUUCGUAGAAACCUCCUAAGGGGCAAUGGAUACCCCAGACAUGGCCCUUUAGUGGAGCAUUGCAAAAUCCACAUGUUAAAUAUCUGCAGCAGGUAGGAUUGUGUGCUGUGUAGUUAGUGCAGAGUCUGCAGUGUGUAAACAAGGCCUACAGAAUAGGACAGAUCUGCUCCCAGCAGUGAGGGGUCUCACUAAUAACAUGUAUAUGAGGGGAUUACUAUUUCCAACAUAAGAACUGGCAAAGUACAUGUAAGGAGUUUAGACUUGGACACAUCUUCUGACUUGAGGGUCUCAAUGACGUCAGAAGACGCAGGCACAGAACACCACACAGCCUCUGGGCGCACGGCUCCGGGGUGCUGUGACGUCACGAGCCGCAUGACGCAGAGCUGACGGGCUCAUUAGGAAAUAGACGUCCGCUCGGAGAAGCCAAUCAGCGGGAGGGGGCGUGGCUCCACGUCGCCUGUCAGAGGUCUGUUCCGUACACAGACCAUGGCUGGCAGGAGCGCGGUGCUGCUGGCGGGCUGUACGUGUGUGGCGGCGGCUCUGCUGCUGUCUGGCGCUGGCCCCGCGUGUCUUCUCUCCGCCCUGGCUCUGGUGCUCGCGCUGAUAUGCGGUAGCGGCUGCGGUAUCUCCGGGAGCCCGUCCCAUGUGUGUGUGCUGGUCCUGGGAGACCUGGGCCGCAGCCCGCGGAUGACGUAUCACGCCUUAUCGUUGGUUAGGAACGGGUUCAGUGUGACCCUCGCCGGCUUCCGUGAAACUGAGCCGCACAAAGAUGUCGUGGACCAUCCAAAAAUCAAAAUCCACCAGCUUUCUGACUUCAGGGUGCUAAAAGUUGGACCAAGAGUCUUUAGGUAUGUCCUAAAGGUUACUGUGCAGGCUUUCCAGCUCUUCUGGGAACUGCUGAAGAUUGAUCCUCCAUCCUUUAUCCUUCUUCAGAAUCCUCCUGGUUUACCUGCCAUAGCAGUGACACGGUUCUUCUGUCUUCUGAGAAGAUGUCAACUGAUAAUUGAUUGGCAUAACUAUGGGUACACUAUUAUGGGUCUGACGAAUGGACCUCGUCAUCCAGUUGUACGUGUUGCAAAAUGGUAUGAAGAAAUAUUUGGCCGACUGUCAAAUUACAAUUUCUGUGUAACAAAUGCCAUGAAGGAAGACUUGCUACAUAACUGGAAAAUAAAAUCCAUCACUCUCUAUGAUAAGCCAGCAUCAAUAUUUAAGGAGACGCCAGUGGAGCUCCAGCAUCAGCUAUUCAUGAAGCUUGCAGUGGACUAUGCUGCUUUUAAAGCUAGAUCAGAAUGUACAGAAUCCCACAUAGAAAGAUCUGCAUUCACAGAGAAAAACCUUACAACUGGUGCUGUGACCUACCGUGAGGGAAGACCUGCCUUACUGAUCAGUAGUACAAGCUGGACAGAGGAUGAAGACUUCAGUGUAUUGUUAUCUGCACUACAAGAUUAUGAUACGUCUAUUACAAAUGGGUUCAAGCUUCCCUGUUUAGUCUGUGCUAUAACAGGUAAGGGGCCCCUGAAGGAAUAUUACUGUAAGUUGAUUGCAGAGUUGCAGCUUAAGAACAUCCAGAUCUGCACGCCUUGGUUGGAAGCAGAAGACUAUCCUGUCUUACUUGGAUCCGCUGACCUAGGAGUCUGUCUUCACAAGUCAUCCAGUGGUUUGGAUCUUCCCAUGAAAGUUGUUGAUAUGUUCGGCUGCUAUCUUCCUGUGUGUGCUGUAAAAUUUGAAUGCUUACAUGAACUUGUUAAACACAAUGAAAACGGUCUGAUAUUUGAAGAUUCCAAAGAGCUUGCUGAGCAGCUAAAGAUGUUAUUUAUGGAGUUUACAAGCAAUUCAAGCAGACUGAAACUGUUUCGAAAAAAUCUUCACAAAUCCAAACAAAUGAGAUGGGAUGAAAGUUGGGAUCAGACUGUCCUACCGAUAUUUAGGGACAAUUGCAAAACAUAACGGCAUAAAAGGCAGAAGUACAGGAGGAAACCUUUACCUCAUACUGGAGUCGUCAGGAUGCAUGGAGCUGAAAAACAUUUGAAUGGACAGAAAAAGGCCCUGGUCAGAGGGUUUUUUCCAGUGGAAUUUGGUGUGGACGCCUUUGCCAAAAAGCCACUGGCAGCAGAGCUGGAUCUACCUCCCAUUGUUUUCAAUGGAAGGCCACGUUGCACUUCAUGCGGCUGUGGUUUAAAGUCCGAACCGCACCUACUAAGGUCAUGUUCUUUCUCGGCGCAGUGUCCAGAUGGAAGUCUGUGGAACCAGCGGUCUGUGUCUGCUUGUGGUUUAGCGCCAUUCAACAGGCCUAAACUGUGAGCGGAUCUGCACCAUUCAACCUGAGAAGCUGCAGCUGAUUUUGUUUGUUUAAGCACUAAGUCCCAGAUCUAGAGGUGUCGCACAUUCCAAAGAUACAUUUACACCUUGUUACAUAGAUCACAAUGAAAAGGACCAAAGUGCACUCUGAUGUACUGUAGGCCGUCUGCGUAUGAACGAUCACACUUCCAUGUGGACCUGCGCCUGGCUCCGUUAUAUAGCUUCAGAAUUGGUUGAGUGGGUUUGCUUAUCAGGUCCCUGCCUGGAGUGAGAUGUCAGAUUGGCCUGUAAAUAUUAAAGCUUGUUCUGGGGAAUA